CCAAUCCAACAAAUUCAAGGUUCAGCCAACAUACUUUGUGUUCAUGUUCCUAAUAUUAGACGUGUCUUGUUUUGUCAUAGUUUCCAGGAACCCGUGGGCAACAUGUCCACCUGCAAUGAAAAGGAAAUGCAUUCUAUUGCUAAACUUUAUU